AUGAAGCCACGAAGAGCCGAGCCGUCUGAUAUCGAGGCGAUAACAAAGGUCCAUAUCAGGACGAUGCCCCUUGACCCCCAGUGGAAUUAUCGCUUUCCAUAUCGCAAUGAACAUCCAGAAGACCAUUACAAGUACACAAAAAUGUUACUCGAGUAUUUUCUGGACCCAUCGUACGACGAUUGGCUAGUUAUGGUAGUGGAAGAUAGCCUCGAGCCCGGAGGACCAACAGAAAUCGUGUCGUUUGGCGUAUGGGACGUUUCGUAUGUCAACAAGCGCCGCUAUGGCCCAGGAUACAAGACACAGGAUCGCAAGUGCCAUUUCCAAGGCCCCUGCGCUGCGAAGCGAGGAGGAGGCUCACGACGUGAUGCGAAUCCUGAGCACUUCAAGGCGUUCUCGCAGGGCCAAAAGAAGGCGUACCAGAAGUACUUUGCACCGAUCGGGCCAGAACAAAUCCAUCUGCAAAUCCUGGCCACUUUGCCCGAGUAUCAGCGGCGCGGACACGCAUCAUCGCUGUGUAGAUGGGCCAUGGAGUUGGUCUGUCAAGAGGGGCUGAAGGACAUGUCGGUCAUGGCAAGCCCUAUGGGUUAUGAGUUGUACAAAUCGCUCGGUUGGGACGUGGUUGGGACUUUUUGGAUCCAAGUUCCCGGUGAAGAGGAGAAGCUUGUCCUGAGAGCCAUGAUGUACAAACCCCCGAAGCUGGAGGGAUCGUCUGACUCUGAAGAGGAGGUCCAAGUUGCGAAUGGUCGAUGUGCUAUCGUUUAG